CACACAUUGAAGUAUUUGUGUCCAUCAAAACAUUAUCAUGAUAGUUAUUUCUCACCUCCAUUGUUACAAUGAUUGUUUGGUUAUUCAGAAUUUGCCAUGCAUCUCUUAUUUUCAUAUCCUUACGAUAAAUCUUCAGUAUCAAUCACAUGUUUUACCCUGGACUAGUUGUUUAACGUCUUUACUGCAAAAUGUCAGAUGUCGCGAAGGUAUGAUAGCCGUACAACGAUCUUCUCCCCAGAAGGUCGUCUCUACCAGGUUGAGUAUGCAAUGGAGGCCAUUGGAAAUGCAGGUUCUGCCAUAGGCAUAUUGUCCAAAGAUGGGGUUGUGUUGAUAGGUGAAAAGAAAGUCACUUCCAAGCUCCUUCAAAGCUCAACAUCACCUGAGAAGAUGUACAAGAUUGAUGACCAUGUAGCAUGUGCUGUGGCUGGAAUAAUGUCUGAUGCCAACAUUCUUAUCAACACAGCCAGGGUCCAAGCACAGCGCUAUACUUUUGCUUACCAAGAGCCCAUGCCCGUUGAGCAGCUAGUCCAGUCUCUAUGUGACACGAAACAAGGCUACACGCAGUUUGGUGGACUCCGUCCAUUUGGUGUUUCGUUUCUGUUUGCUGGCUGGGAUAAAAAUUAUGGCUUCCAGCUUUACAUGAGUGACCCAAGCGGAAACUAUGGUGGCUGGAAGGCUGCAGCCAUUGGAGCAAACAAUCAGGCGUCUCAAUCAAUGCUUAAGCAGGACUACAAGGAUGAUAUGACAAGAGAAGAGGCGGUACAACUUGCACUUAAGGUGCUCAGUAAGACAAUGGACAGCACAAGUCUUACUUCAGAGAAGCUUGAACUGUCUGAAGUAUUCCUCUCUUCUGGUAAAGUGAAGUAUCAGGUGUGCUCUCCAGAAGCCCUGAGCAAGUUGUUAGUGAAAUUUGGUAUGACCCAACCAGCCCCUGAGGCUUCUUAAAACUCAAAAUAUUCUCCUGAAGUUUCCAGACUUAUUUGUGGUAGGUUAAGUUGUGUGCUUCAUUUUGUAAGUUCUGUCAAAAACUAGCGAUGGAUUUUUUUCCCAAUGGGAUUGCUUUCUAUGUUGAAAACAAUAUAUUCCUUUGUUCAUGCAUAGGGGCUGGUUUCUAUGAGCUACGUGGUAAUAAUCACAAAUCUGUGGAUCAUCUGUUUUCCCCAUUACCCUGUUGCUAUAUCUCUGUGGAUCCAAUUGUUUUCAGUGGCAGGGUUGAGUUGGACUGCUCCUAGAGCCUUCUCCACCAUGUUUGUUGAGACCUAUAAUGGUUUUCGGAGAAGCAAAAAAAAUCAUUAUGGAAUGUGGAAUUCUAGCAAUUAUGUCGACUCUUUGGUUGGAGAGAAAUGUAGAAUUUAUUGUCAAUAAAUGUAAAGUGGUG